AUGCCAAUUACACGAUCCAGUGGUGCAGCUACUAAGUCUGUUGAAGCUGAAGAACGUGUUGAGCUUGGUUCAAAUGACAUGGAGGAGACCUUAGAGGAAGAGGUUGAGUAUGAAGAAGUAGAAGAAGAAGUUGAAGAGGAAGAAGAGGAAGAAGUUGAAGAGGUGGAGGAAGAGGAGGAAGAGGAAGAUGAUGUUCAUAGACGAGAUGCGCGAAAGGAGGUCGAUAGCGAUGAUGACAUUGGAAGUGCUGAAGCUGAUGAGGAGUUGGAGAAGAAACAUGCGGAGCUUCUUGGGCUUCCUCCACAUGGUUCAGAGGUGUAUCUUGGUGGGUUUUCACCUGCUACAUCUGAAAACGACCUCAAGCGCUUUUGUGAGUCAAUCGGCGAGGUUACAGAGGUUAGAAUAAUGAAGGGAAAGGACUCGAAAGAAAAUAAGGGGUAUGCUUUUGUAACCUUCAGGACCAAGGAACUUGCUUCUAAGGCUAUUAAGGAGCUUAAUGGUUCUGAAUUGAAGGGGAAAAAGGUGAGGUGUUCGUCGUCUCAAGCAAAAUAUAAGCUGUUUAUCGGUAAUAUUCCCAGAAACUGGGGUGAGGCUGAUAUGAAGAAAGUUGUGAAUAAAGUAGGGCCUGGUGUUGUUGCUGUGGAACUUCUAAAGGACCCACAAAACUCAAGUCGGAAUCGAGGAUUUGCUUUCAUUGAGUAUUAUAACAAUGCUUGUGCCGAGUAUUCAAGGCAAAAAAUGUCUAAUCCAAAAUUCAAACUUGAUGACAAUGCUCCUACUGUGAGCUGGGCAGAUCCAAGAAAUGCAGAAUCUUCGUCUUCUCAGAUCAAAGCUGUCUAUGUAAAGAACUUGCCGCAAGAUGUAACUCAAGAUCAGCUUAAAGACUUGUUUGAACAUCAUGGGACGAUUACAAAAGUUGUUCUUCCCCCAGCUAAACCUGGACAAGAGAACAGCAGAUAUGGUUUUGUUCACUUUGCGGACAGGUCAAGUACUAUGAAAGCUCUAAAGAACACAGAGAAAUAUGAACUUGGUGGACAAGUACUAGAAUGCUCCCUUGCAAAACCUCAGGCGGAUCAGAAAACGACUGCGACAUCAAGUUCUCAGAAAGCAGCUAUAUUACCCACCUAUCCACCUCACAUGGGAUAUGGCUUGACACCCUUUGGGGCUCUAGGUGCCGGUUAUCCUGGUGCAGGCUUCCCACAACCACUACUCUAUGGAAGUGGAGCUUCUCCCGGCAUGGCUAUGAUGCCCAUGCUUAUGCCCGAUGGCAGGAUUGGAUAUGUCCUGCAACAGCCGGGUCUGCAGCCACACAUGCUGCCGCCGCCUCAAAGUGGCGGCGGUCGGGGGCGGAGCAGUGGCGGCAGCUCUUCUAGCGGCGGAAAACGUGUUGGCAAUAGUGGUCGUGAGCGUAGCCGUUAUCAUCCUUAUUGA